AUGCUCCUCCACAUUGCCUAUUUGGGCGCCCCAAUUAUCAGGGGUAGAACCGUCAUUCCCUUACUCUUUGGUUUCACCAAUUUAUAUGAGUUAGCUUUUCAGGAGAUCUCAGAAACAGAACUCGCCACCAAUCAAAGACAGAGACUGAGAGAGAUGGGAAUGAUGAGUGUGAGCAGCGUAAUGGUUGUGUUGAUGAUACUGUUAGUGCAAGUGUCAUCGACGCAAUACAAAGUUGGAAACUUGGACUCAUGGGGUAUCCCAACAGAUGCUAAAGUCUACUCCAAAUGGCCCAAAACUCACUCUUUCAAGAUCGGUGACUCCCUCUUGUUCUUGUACCCACCAAGCGAAGAUUCAAUGAUUCAAGUGACAGCUUCCAACUUCAAGAGCUGCAAUACCAAAGAUCCAAUCUUGUACAUGAACGACGGAAAUUCUCUCUUCAACCUCACCCAAAACGGAACUUUUUACUUCACCAGCGGACAACCUGGUCACUGUCAAAAGUACCAGAAGCUCCUCGUCUCCGUCGGCACUUACUCCCCCGAAGCUGAUGACGCCUUGUCUCCCUCCUCCGCUGAUGCCGACGCUCCCUCUUAUCAAAACGCAUUUGGAUCCAUCCCACUCUCUCAGAAAUCUUCGUCUUCUUCGCUGUUAGUCUCCAUCGUCGUUGCUUCGCUGGCCUGCGCUGUCGUCGUCGGUGCUAUCAUGUGA